AUAAAGUUAGCAUUUUUUAUCUUUCAGUAGUGAUGGACGCUCUUAGUACCAACUUGGGAAUAGUAGAAGAAAGUAGCCUUGAGAGAUGGUCCAAUACAGAUGUCCCGGGUUACAGCAUCUCUGGCGAUGAAAGAGAAUCCAAAUUCCCUUGCAGACGGGACCUCAACAAGAAACUUGUUCUGUGGGACGGAGACAUUUGCGAUUUGGACUCCAUGGCUAUCAUACACCCAACCAAUGAAUCGCUAACAGAACCUUGCCCACUCACCAACAAGAUCUUCUCAAGGGCUGGAAAUGACCUUGUGCAAGAAAUCCAGACAUCGUUUAGAAUUUGUAGGACUGGUGAUGCCAAGCUUACCAAAGGCUACCAUUUGCCCUGUAGGUUUAUCAUACACACAGUCGGACCACGUUACAACAUCCGCUACAGGACAGCUGCAGAGAGCGCCCUCUAUAACUGCUAUAGAAAUGCUCUGCUUCUUGCAAAGGAGCAGAAGAUUACAUCACUGGCUUUUUGUGCAAUUCACACCGUAAGACGGAAUUACCCCCCUGAGGACGGGACACACAUAGCUCUCAGAACAAUUAGAAGAUUCCUAGAAAAGCAUGGAGAUUCUUUUGAAACCAUCGUGCUGACAAUGAUGGGUGUUGAUGAGCAACUAUACAGCGAGUUGCUGCCACUUUACUUUCCACGAACAGAGCUUGAGGAGCAGUGGGCUAUCGAUCUUGUCCCAGAGAACGUCGGCAACGAGGAUGGAGAGCCAGUUAUUGCUGAGAGAAAAAUACGCAUCAUGGGCGGUCCUACGAGAAAAGAAUCUGAGGAGGAGGCAGCCUAUGAAGAAGCCCUUGCAGAGGAGCUGAAGGGGAGCAGGAUCUCCAACGGAGCUCCAUAUGAUGUGGAGCCGGAGCUGGAAGAGGAGCUGGAGAUUGGGAAGCACGCGUUCACAGCCAUGGAGAAAAACCCAGACUCUGUGAAGAGGCAGAACCAGAGGGCAAAGAGGUCGGUUAUCCCUGCAGAAGCAGAACAGAAGCACAGAUACGAGAGGUUAUUAAGGAAAGCUCGGCAGGAAGAUUUGUCAGACAUCGCGGCUCAUCGGUGUAUCUAUGCUACAGGACAUGACAUCCAUGGCCGUCCAAUCAUUGCCUUUGUGGCAAGAAAUUUCCCUGCACAUUCUAUUGACUUGAACAAGGUACUACUCUACGUCAUCCACCUCCUGGACUCCGUGGUCAACCAGGACUACGUCGUCGUCUACUUCCACACGAUGAGCUCUGCUGACAACCAGCCAGAGCUGAGCUGGUUGAAGGAUGUCUAUCAUAUGGUGGAUAAUAGGUAUAGGAAGAACCUCAGAGCCAUGUAUAUUGUCCAUCCAACUUUUUGGUCCAAGUUAGUGACCUGGUAUUUCACGACGUUCACGGCAUCUAGCAUCAAAAGCAAAGUCCACUCCAUAGGAGCCGUCCAUUACCUCUACAAAACCAUACACCCAGACCAAUUAGACAUCCCUCCCUUUGUAAUUGAACACGAUAUGAAGGUGAAUGGCCCGAACUACAGAGAUAUGGACGAAACAGAUGCAAGCGGUAGUCUCUGAUUGGACAAAGAAAAAACAAAACUCAAAGAGAAAUCAGUACUGUUCCACUUUAGUGCCCUGAUGAGGGUGCAUUUAGAUUCACUUGUGUUUUAAAUAAGUGAAUUGACUGAAUUAAGGUAUUUCCAUGUAUAUUUGAAUGUGGUGAAGUUACUUAAUAAGGGUUUGACCACAGUGAUCCACCCAUGCAGGUGAAAUGAAGUGACUUGACAAGGGUCUGUUCACUCAUGUUCCCAUCUUUGUCCCGUAACACAAAGGUUAGCGAUUGAUUGUGCGCUUGAUUUUCACGAUUGAUUGUAUAUUGUAGUCAUUGGAAUCAAUUGCAGAAAAAUGUUCUAUGAUCAUUGCUUUCUUAGACCAUUGUUUUUUGUUACAGGCCCCUGGUUUUUUGUGACUUGACCUUAGUCUGUCAGUCAAAUUUUGUAUCAGUCUGGUCACGUGACCUACAGAGGGUCUGGUAAAGCUUGUUCCGACGAACUUGUGAAGUUUGUUGACAGGAGUCGAUUCAUAUCAUUAAGUUCCAAUGUGGAACUUCUUUCAACAUGUGUGCCAUGUAGAUGAAAGGACUUUACAAGGGUCUAUUCACAGAUACCCCAACCUAUCAACCAAGGUCUGUUCAUAUGAUUCCACAGUGGUGAAGUGGCUUUUUUGGAGCAGUUCACAUAUGGCAGAAAAGCAUGGUAGAUCACAACAGAUGGUUAUAAUGAAAACCAACUCUACACCCUCCCCCACUCUUAAAAGAAAGAAUCAACUGUCUUCCUAUGUACCUUUAAGUUAAUGUGAAUUGCCCUCAGAUUAAGACGCAGCUUCAUGACAGAGGUUUGAUUCCCCUCCAGGUUUAAGCCCCCACCUAGAUUUUGGUCAAGCAUGCACACACUGAAUCUUAGAAAACUAAGUACCAGUAUUCUUUUCAGGUAAACAGAUACUGAAUGUGUGCCUUUGGAAGUGAAUAUUUGAAUGGUAUGUUAUAUGUGCUAUUCCAUAACAGAAUGUUAUUAUUUUGGAGUGAUUUAAAAAUCUAGGUGAGGGUUAAUCCCCUUGGUAAUCAAACUUUGUGAAUUUGAGCCUAUAAGCUUGUCAGAUUCUAUUUUUAUAUCAAGAGUGAUAGGUAUGUGAAUAUUGUGUUCUUUUAUUUUUUAUAUUAAAUGAUGUUUUAUUUCAUUUAGUAGCAGUGACAAAAAAAAAUAAUGUGAGCAAUUGGAUUGUAAGAUGAAAUAAUAAGAGAUCCAUGAAAAAUUCAUGUGCUGUCUUAAAACUGUUAAAUUAAAGACAAUUUUUGAGGGGCCUGUUCCUAAAGAGUUACAACUAAUGUAACUUUGCCAUUAUGGCAAUUACCAUGGCAACAGGGAGACUCAACAGCCAAUCAAAAUCAAGAUUACCAUGGAACCUACAACAACGUCAAAGUUACAAUAGUUAUAACACUUUAUGAAACAGGCCUCAUGUAUGGGCUCUUGUCCAGGAUCCUGUAAACGAUCGUUUGAAUCUGUGGCGUAGCAAUGAUGCAUGUUCUUGUUUGGUUUAUUGGCUGUCCUUCUAAGGGUGAUUUAACAGGACUCUUAAAGCCUGUCUAAAGAUUUGGUAAUGGGUCAGUAAUGUGAAUUAUAGUGACAUGUCUUUUAACAUUCCAGUUUAAAAGUGAGUGGCUGGAUAUUUUCAUCAGCCGUUGAUUCUCUGAAAAUUAGAAUGUUGAAUUUAUUAGAUAUCUAUCACCCUCUCUUAGUACUGUAUUUGUUUGUCUUCUAAACAGACCUUUUGAAUACUUAUCUUACAAACUUUGAUAUUAGCUUAUAGAAAACUAUAUGCAAAGGUCAUAUCCUGAAAUUCUAGUUCAUUCCAUACUUCAGAAGAUGUUUUAUGUAGAAUAAUACGUACAUAUGAAAUUGUUUUGAGUGAGCACUCUAUCAAAAUAAAUGAAUACUUAGCUUACAAAUUUUUUUUUGUAUAUCAGAAAACUAUGUACAAAGGUCAUAUCCUGCUGUUAGCUCAAUCGAAACUUGAUGAAUUGUUGUAUGUGAAAAAAAUACAUAGCUUGUUUAACCUAGCAAUACAUGAAGCAUACAAUGGAGAUGAGCAUUUUAUAUAUUAACAAACAUGACUGUACAACUGACAAAUUUGUCA